AUGGAGAGCCGCCAGGCCACAUGGACUGCAAAACGUGAAUCCAACCCGACGAGAUGGAUUAUAAACUAUGAAUCCAAGACGCAAGCGAUAGAUUCCAAAGCUUCAGGAUCUUUCUCACUAAGGAUCCGAGGAAUUGAGCGGACUCUUAUCAGGAGUCCAAGCGGUCGUGAAAGUCUGCUUGAACAAAGAAACAUAGAUAUGAAAGAUGCAGGAGAAGCAAUCGUAUCUGAGAUCCCAUCUGCUUUCCUUGAUGAGGAAGAAACAUGCAAUAGAUAUGUUUCUAACGUGUUGUCCAAGGCAAAGAUGAACAAGAAUUGGAUUCAGGAUCACGUCGUUCCUAACAUCUCCAAAGACGCGAUUAAUAUGAGUAGCCUUCAUGGAAAAGAAGAAGGUUUCAUUGUGGAAGCUGAAGCUGAAAUUGUUAAAGAAACAUCGUUGAAUAAUUGGGUAUGCAUCAAUGAUUAUGAUUCUGAAGGUCGAAGAAAACCAAUAGAACAAGACUGUGCCAUAUGUCUAGAAGAGUUAUCGUCGAAUAAGAAGAUCAUCAUGAAGUUGCCUUGUUCACACAAUUUCCAUAGGGAUUGUGUUCUCUCGUGGCUGAGCCGCAAGCAUUCAUGUCCAUCUUGUCGUGAUGAUAUCAACAAUCCCCGACCCAAGAGAAAGCUCUCAAGCAAGAUGCUUUGGGUAAAAAGAAGAAAACAAAAUUAA